GAACUCCUCGCUGCUAGCGUCGCCUAUGCAGGGGACGACGGAGCUCCAAUCGGGCCGGAGUUAAUGGUGGACAGCCCACUUGAUGGCGAAGGCCGAUUCCUCGUUGACUCCGGCAUGCCUGCCACUGUCGAGUUGUACCCGUGCAGUAGGCUCGCCAGCUGCACUUUGACCAGAAGCCUAUUGGAGAGGUUGAGGCCAUUCAACAUAAAGAGGAGGGGAUCGGUCGAUGAGAGAUCGUUGAACGAGAUGUCGAUCUCAUCCCCAUCCCGUCAGUUCUACAGGAACAACGACAACUUUUACCGCAUUUUAACACCUUACGGAGCAUUCAUUUGCAAGGGGAGAGAUCAGAAUUUAGCACGCAUCGCCCGUGGGUACCAGUGCAGCUUUGGACCACUCCACUGGGGAACUUACUAUGAUCAGGCUUACAUGUUUAUAGAGAGAGAAGCCAUAAUUGAUGCAAUGUGGAAUCAAAUGAAUACAGGAGUUUCCGCAAAAACUGUAAAGUCCAUCUUGGAAAACAAGGGCUCUGCCGCCAAUAAGUCUUCUCAGAAAACUCCUGUGCAGAAAUCAUCAACACUCAACAGUAUUGGUGUAAAGGGUCAUUGUGAUAUUCUUCGACAAGGUGGCGUACCGGUCGAGAGAUUUGUUUUCAAGUUGAUAGUCUAUGGUUGAGCAAGCUGAUUUGGAGUUCUCUCUUAGGUCCUUUUUUGGUUAAGCUCCCUGUUUCAGUGCCUCGAACUAGGGUUCUUCCCCAACCUAAGUGUGGAUUUUUUGUAGCUGUUUUUUUAUUUUUUCCAUCGGUAUUGCGAUUGUUUUCUCUAUAAGAAAGUGAUUUGGAGGAAUAAAUAUUUGAGUAUUUUUCAACUAACAUAUCAAUUUCUUACGAGUUUGUGAUACGCUGUCAUAUUCAUGAAAGUCGUUUCAAAGUUCUUUCAUA